CAACAGACACCAUCGCUACAGGCUCGAAACGCCGCCACGCCCUUCCGACUGGCAAGCUCACAUUCCGCAGCGGGUGCACUGAAGGGCUCUGAAGGCGGCCACGACGCAGACCAUCACCACGGAGGUGACCACGACGACCACUUCGACCCGCCCGGCGGCUGGCUUUGGGGUGUCCGUCCUGGGGAGAAGGCGGAGAAGGAGGGUUGGGAGCCCCUCGCUUGGGUUUUUGUCGGUGCUUGGGUCGUUGCGGUUGCUGCUUAUACCAUGAAGGAAGAUACCUCGAUACAAACUUGGGCAUUAGAAGAGGCUCGGAGACGACUCGAGGCAGAAGGGUUUUACGACGAAUCGAAAUAG